CUUGUUUUGUCAGAUGUGUGUGAGUGAGAAAGUUGUGAUUGAACGGAGAAACCUUUUAUUUAUUGUUGAACGUUCAUAUUUCUAUAAAAAAUCAACAUUAUGAUUCACAGUUUGUUUAUAAUAAAUUCUUCCGGGCUUACUUUCACACUUGCUCUGUUAAGUUCUUCCAUUUCCUGUUUACUAUCUGCAUCGGAAGGAGACACUAAAAUAUCAGCAAAAUAAAGGGAUGUCUUUAUGGAGAAACAUUGGAAAAGUGUGAUCCUUCGCUCUGUGUGUGAUUAUUUUUUUGAUCAGCAACGUAAAAUCAGCUCUCCAGAAGAUAUGCCACCCGUAAUAGCAACACCACAUCAUUACCUCAUCAGCAUCAAUCGUUGUUCUAUGUUUUUUGUAGCCGUUUGUAUGACUGAAGUGCCGCCUUUAUUUGUUAUUGAGUUCCUUCAUCGUGUUGUGGACACCUUUGAAGAUUAUUUUGGUGAAUGCACAGAAUCAAUUAUAAAGGAACAUUAUGUAGUGGUAUAUGAGUUGCUUGAUGAAAUGUUGGAUAAUGGGUUUCCAUUAGCUACUGAAUCUAAUAUUUUGAAAGAGCUAAUAAAACCACCAAACAUUUUGAGAACAAUAGCCAACACUGUAACAGGAAAGUCAAAUGUGAGUGCAACAUUGCCUAGUGGUCAGUUAUCAAAUAUCCCAUGGCGAAGAACAGGUGUGAAGUACACAAAUAAUGAAGCGUACUUUGAUGUGGUGGAGGAAGUGGAUGCAAUAAUUGACAAGGCUGGUUCUACAGUGUUUGCAGAAAUACAGGGAUAUAUUGACUGCUGCAUAAAGUUGAGUGGGAUGCCCGAUCUGACUCUGUCAUUUAUGAACCCUCGCCUAUUUGACGAUGUCAGCUUCCAUCCUUGUGUUCGCUUCAAGCGCUGGGAGGCUGAAAGACUGUUGUCUUUUAUCCCUCCUGAUGGGAACUUCCGUCUUAUGUCUUACCACAUUGGAUCUCAAAAUAUAGUAGCAAUCCCUAUAUAUGUAAGGCAUAGUAUUUCCUUUAAAGAUGUUGGAGGAGGAAGACUGGAUCUAACUGUGGGACCAAAACAGACAAUUGGUAGAACUGUCGAGAAUGUUGUUAUUGAAAUUCCAAUGCCAAAAUCUGUGCUAAACUGUAGUCUUGUUCCUAAUCAAGGGAAAUAUUCCUUUGAUCCUGUCAGUAAAGUACUGAUGUGGGAUAUUGGACGUAUAGAUACAUCGAGACUGCCAAAUCUCCGAGGCACUAUCAAUUUGCAGUCAGGUGCUCCUGCCGUAGAAUCAAAUCCCUCAAUAAAUGUUCAGUUCACCAUAAAUCAGCUAGCUGUUUCUGGUCUCAAAGUUAAUCGAUUGGAUAUGUAUGGUGAAAAGUACAAACCUUUUAAAGGUGUAAAAUAUAUUACUAAAGCUGGACGUUUCCAAAUACGAAUGUAAAAUUUCUGUGACUGUAUGACAGUUGACUGGAGUCAGCUGAAGAGUAGUUCACAUACAAGUUGCUAAAUUUUCACAGUUGCCCAUAUCUGGGAAACUGAUGUAUCACCUGUACUGCAGUUGACAAGAAGCAGCUGGUAAAGAAACACAUUCUGGACAAUAAGGCACAUGUCGGUGUCAAUCUCACAGAAGUGUGUUAAUGUCUUCAGAUGGGAAAAGACUAAAAUUAUUAUAGCAUGGAUAAUUUGGAAAAUAUAAUGUAAUGUAAUCUGUGAUAAGUACUUAGGUUGAGAAAUUCCCGGGCUCUGAGUUUCUGUUGGCCACACACAUAGAAAGGAAGGAAACUGAGUAAAAAAGAAGGUGAGAGCAGGAGGAGGGGGACUGGUUGUGACAUGUCGUUGGCUAAUUUAGAUUAAUAUGAACACUGGUCUGGAGAUAAAAACUUAUUACAGAGUGAAUAUGUUCGAACAUGCAGAGCAGUGUCUGAGAGACUGGAUGCUUAAUUUUGCCUAAUCCUCAGUAAAGUUUGUAGUAGCUUUAUUUGUGGAAUGCUGUUGGGACCUUGUUUCAUGUAUAGGCGACACACCUCUCUUAUCCUCUUGUGUCUUUGAACUCUGGGAAUUACCUUUGGGUGACCUAUUAUCCAUAGUUGUGUAUCCUAGUAGUGCCUAUUACAUUUAAAAAAUUUGAAUCCUUGAAGUUAUCUAUACAGUCACAGUUACUAUUAUUAUUAUUAUUAUUAUUAUUAUUAUUAUUAUGCCAGGAUAUAUUUAAAGACUAAUCUCUCUAUUAUGGAUAUCCUCCUUCCUAUUAGUGAGUGAAACUAAAGCAUUUGAUCUGAACAUUUAUGCUGCAGCAAUACAAUUAAUUCUGUUAAUUAUUUUUAUUCUGCCAUUCUCUUCAAAUUUCAUCUCGGCUCAUUAUAUUAACACACUCAACACUCAAUAUUUUAACACAGUGCUAAUGUGUUACCACAUUGUAAUGUCACAAAUGUUCAUGAAAAUGCUGGAUGCUCAUGGUGACUGAAAUUGAGGGUAAAUAAUUUCAAACAUAAUUUUAAAUUAAUUGAGUGUGAAACUGUACUUGCUGUGAAGUAGUUUCACUAAAAAUGGCAGAAAGAAGAAUUGCAAGAUUACAGAAACAGUUUUACGUAAUAUUUGUAAAUUGUGCAGGUUCUGAAGUCCUAGUGAAUGGAGAAAUGUGAAGAAAUGAAUUAAGGGGGGGGGGGGGGGGGGGGGGCAAUGGAGUGCUUACGAGAGUAUGUGCAUAAAAAUUUAGGAAAGUGUUCUUCCCUCAGCUUAGUAGUGUAAUGAGGUGGAGAGCAAAAGUCUAUAUCACAGAGUUCCUUCACACUACAGUGAACAGUAAUAUGAGUAAUAUGCACGUGUGUGUGUGUGUGUGUGUGUGUGUGUGUGUGUGUGUGUGUGUGUGUGUGUGUUUGUAAGGUAAUAUGUUCUUGAGAGAUAGAAACCUAGAGGGGCCAGAAUAUUCAUUGCAAGAUAAUGAACGGCACAAUAAGACAUAAAUGACAAAAUAUCUUACAUGGCAGGUGGAAAUUGUGUGAUGAUCAUAGUGGCUGCUAUCAGUCUUGUAUGCUGUCCCAACUUUUUGUAUGCCAAUAGUCUCAUAUCUGGGCCAAUAGACACCAUCUGUCUGCAGAGCUGACUAAAGAUCAGGUUGUGAGACUAUCAGUUGUUUCCAGUGCCAUUGUAAGUACUCUCACUAAUGAUUUACUGUCGAGUUUUUUGUGAGAAUGAGAAUACGGCAAGGACAUUGGCAACAUUAUUUCUCAGUCUGUUGUGAAUUGUAGACAAAAGAUAAUAUGUCAAUUUCAAAGCUUCCUAACCCACAAAUUCUAUCCAAUAGCCAUUUGCUAGCACAGCCACCACCACCACCUCCAUCAAAUCCAACUACUCACCUCUCAAGUUUCACCACUGACUGCUGUGAACUGUUGUACGUUCCUACCUAUGCUUACACAUAUUUUAUCAUUCAAUUCAGUUCCAUGUCUUGCAAUGCAGUGAGUAAAGACAGCUACUUACCCUGAGGUGUGAAACAGUGGGUAUGCGCAUAAAAAAGAUGUUAACACUAUAGCUCAGCUUUUCAACUACUACUGUCCCGCAGUUUGUAGGGACCAGGAGGGAGGGGGAGGGGGGGGGGGCAGUGGGAGAGCAAGGUACACAAUGCAUGUGCAAAUGUUUGUCCUUGCUCCUGGUUAGGCCACAAAUUUUGUUCAUCAUUUUAUUUGACUAUUGUAUUUUUGUUGCAUAUUCAGUCACCAUUUGUGAAACACCUUUCAUCGUGACCAGAUGCUAUUGAGGUGGAGGAAUUUUAAUCUCUCCUACCCAUUGUUUAUAUCUAAUCUUCAAUAUUUCUUAUAGAAAUCCACAAAAUGGGGCAUGACUUCUUGUAUUACUUUUAGUUUAUGACAUGCUGAUUAUUAGUCAUUAUUUUAUGACAUACGUCUGCCAGUUUAGAAUCAAAUGGAAUGCAGCUGAUUGGAUAAAAGUUGAAAAGUUGUAAAAAAUGUGAUAUAGUAACAGUGUUAUUAAUGGAACUAAAGAAUAAGUCAUGUGAGGUAGACUGUGGUAAUAUUUUUGUAUUGCUCUUUCUACCAGUGAGAAAUACGUGCUGUCUGCAAUUAAUAAAUGUUAAUUUUCUUUAA